AUGUCUGGUGUUUGGGUUUUCAAGAAUGGCGUUGUUCGACUCGUCGAGAACCCUGGUGCAGACUGCCAGGGCUCGAACUCUCGCCGUAAGGUGUUAGUCCAUUUAUCCUCUAAUGAAGUCAUUACAUCCUAUGCAAUCCUUGAGAGGAAGCUUCUAGCCCUUGGUUGGGAGAGAUACUAUGAUGACCCUGACCUUCUUCAGUACCACAAGAGAUCCACAGUUCAUCUCAUCUCUCUCCCUAGAGAUUUCAACAGGUUCAAGUCCAUGCACAUGUAUGAUAUUGUGGUCAAGAACCGCAAUGAAUUUGAAGUUCGGGACAUGUAG